GAUGGUUUCCAUGGUUUCAGAAAACAAUAUGGCCGCUCCCAGCUGGGACGUGAGUCUCUGGAUUAGGCAGGCAGAGGCAAUUAUGGGCUUCUGCAGUGGCGAGAAAGGAAGCGCCUGAAGGGUCGUGAGGCUGGGGCUGGACCCGGCACCGCUGGGGCGGCCAGGCUUUGAGGACGCCAAUGGCGAGCAGCGUGGACGAGGAGGCGCUGCACCAGCUGUACCUGUGGGUAGACAACAUCCCUCUGUCCCGGCCCAAGCGAAACCUCUCCCGGGACUUUAGUGAUGGAGUCCUUGUUGCAGAGGUCAUCAAGUUUUACUUCCCCAAGAUGGUGGAGAUGCACAAUUAUGUCCCCGCCAACUCUCUCCAGCAGAAGCUCAGCAACUGGGGUCAUCUGAACAGGAAGGUACUGAAGAGGCUGAACUUUUCAGUACCGGAUGACGUGAUGCGCAAGAUCGCGCAGUGCUCCCCAGGCGUGGUGGAGCUGGUGCUCAUCCCUCUGAGGCAGCGCCUGGAGGAGAGGCAGAGGCGCAGGAAGCAGGGCGCCGGCUCCUUACAGGAGCUGGCUCCCCAGGAUGGCAGUGGCUACAUGGAUGUGGGUGUAUCCCAGAAGGCCCGAGGUGAAGGUGUCCCGGACCCCCAGGGAGGGGGUCAGCUCAGCUGGGACCGGCCGCCGGCGCCUCGGCCUCCAGCGUAUAACCGGGCGUUGCAGGGCGACCCAAGCUUCGUCCUCCAGAUCGCUGAAAAGGAGCAGGAGCUGUUGGCCUCUCAAGAGACCGUGCAGGUCCUGCAGAUGAAGGUAAGGCGCCUGGAGCACUUGCUCCAGCUCAAGAAUGUGCGGAUCGAAGACCUCUCCCGGCGGCUCCAGCAGGCGGAGCGUAAGCAGCGGUGAGCGGCGGCCCGGGCCGCGCGGGGACGCCCGGGUACCCGCCAGAGCCCCGACGCCGCGCCGGACCCACCCACCGAUGGAUAGACCAUUGGGAGGGCGGAGCCCGCUGCUCUCACGAGCCUCUUAGGGCCCGAGUGCCCUCCUUCCUUGGGAUGGGUGAGCGUGGGAGGAGAUGGGACAGGAACUCUAGGAGCGGAGGCCCGGGACUGAGCCGCCUCCUGCCACUCCGGAGAUCCGGGUCAGGAGAAUGGACCGCUUUCCAGAGCCCAGAAGCCACGUGCAGAGACCUAGCCUGCCCCCCAAAGCAGUGUCCAACACCUUGGGCCCGGCCUUGCAUCUCCCGGCGCUGGGCCUUGGGGGGCGGUCCCUUGGCUCUGUCCACACCCCCAGAAUCAGGUCCCCGCCCAGCUCCGAGGACGGCGGCGUCUCCAUGCAGGCUAGCUCCCCAUGCCCUCAGCCAUGGGGGAAUCUGUCCCGGGCCGCUGAGGGGCUCCCCUGCCCCUCCUGGGAGCUUACCUGGGACCCACCUCGGCGACGGAGACCGCAGCAGCUGGAGAGGAAGGGGUGAGGAGUGGGAUCGCCAGGAGUAGGGAGGACAUCGACGAUGUGCCUGUAGCAGUCGCCCCUCCCUCCUCGCGCACGGGGUACUGAGGGGGAAGGUUUGAAGGUUACGGCUCAGGGCUGCCCCAUUAAAGUUAGUGUUGUGUUCUA